AUGGAGCUUACUCUCCAACAAAUCUAUGUCCACAAGAGGAAGCUUGUCAAGCCUGAUAGGAGACUUAUGCAAGCCUGGCCUCCACUCGGUGUCGAAGGAAAGUUCGCUUCUCAGGGAAACCUGAAGAUCAGAUGUGCUCCUUUACUCGAUUUUCUUGGCUAA